AUGAGUGCCACAAGACUUGACCGAUUGGUCAUUCUUCUAGACACUGGUAGCACCCAGCUUAUCCGUAACACAGCUGCCCAACAGCUCGCCGAUGUUCAAAAGAACCACCCCGACGAGCUUUUCAACCUACUAACCAGAGUUGUUCCCUUCCUCCGUUCAUCUUCUUGGGAUACGAGAACAGCAGCCGCAAAGGCAUUGGGCGGUAUCGUCGAGCAUGCGCAAAAGUUUGAUCCUAACGAAGACGAUGUCAAGGACGAGAAUGGCAUCAAAGAAGAGACCAAACAAGAGAAUGGCUCCUCGACGCCUCUCACUUCCGAGGAUCAAUUGCAGCUCGCAACCUUGGACGUCGAGGCCAUCUUGACCAAUGGAAAAGAGCUACUCGGCAGCGCUGGUCGUCAAUAUGACUUCAAACUAGCUGGAAUGGAUCCUGCUCAACGACUUGCUCACCAAAAAAAGACUCUCACCAACCGACUCGGUCUUGGUGGGGAGUACAUGGAGGACGAACUUGUCACAGAAACAGAUAUUUCUGUGCGCACUAGCUUCCCACCCCCGGCGUUGCCAACCGCAGAGUCCUCGCUCUCUAGGGCCAAUAGUGUUUCGGAGUCGGCCGCUGUCUCCCCGAGUGACCAACAGACUCAGUCAGAGGCUAUGAGCAAGCGACAGCUCAAUAUGCUCAAGCGACGAAGAAAGGAGGAGCUCAAAAGAGACAAUAAGAAGUUCAAGUAUGAUCUUACCAGUAUGCGACGCGAAAGCACCGCAGUCGCGACCCCUGCUGAGUCGGAGACCAUCAUCAAAGACGAAAACGGAGACGCCAAGAACAACCUUCCUGACUACUUCUCCCUCGAGAGAAAGGGUGGUGACGAUGAUGCAAAGGUCGUUUCGGAGUUCAAGGGUGUGCCCGUUCCUGAGAAAUCUUCCUUCCAGACCGAGGUGGAAGAGACUGGCAACGGAUGGCCGUUCGAGCGACUCUGCGAGUUUUUGACUGUGGAUUUGUUUGAUCCUGCCUGGGAAAUCCGUCAUGGUGCCGCCAUGGGUCUCCGAGAGAUUGUCCGCGUGCAUGGAGCUGGUGCUGGACGUCUACUGAGCAGACCCCGAUCUGAGAAUGACCGCCUUAAUCAAGCAUGGCUUGACGAUCUCGCAUGUCGCAUCUGCUGCGUCUUCAUGCUUGACAGAUUCGCCGACUACGUCUCGGACAAUGCCAUUGCCCCGAUCAGGGAAACUGCUGGUCAGACAUUAGGUGCACUCUUACAGUACCUUCCAGCGUCCUCAGUGCACGCCGUCAAUCGAAUUUUGUACAGGCUGGUGAUGCAAAAGGAUCUCAAGGUAAACAAGCGCAUUUGGCACGCCUGCCAUGGUGGUAUGAUCGGCAUGAGAUAUUUGGUGGCAGUCAGGAACGAUCUGCUGCUUCAAGAUAACCUCUUGAUGGAUGGCGUCCUUGAAUGUGUUAUUAAGGGCCUCGGAGACAGUGACGACGAUGUCAGAGCGGUCAGCGCGGCCACUUUGAUCCCUGUCGCCAAAGAGUUCGUCAACAUGCGCCAUGCUGCACUCAAUCAUCUGAUCAGUGUCGUCUGGGAGUGUCUAUCCAACUUGAGCGAUGAUCUCAGCGCCAGUACAGGGUCCGUUAUGGAUUUGCUUGCAAAGCUCUGCAGCUUCCCCGAAGUGCUCGAUGCCAUGAAAAAGAACGCUGCAGAGAACCCCGAACAAUCUUUCUCGGAGCUUGUUCCUCGUCUGUACCCCUUCCUCCGUCACACAAUCAGCACAGUCCGCUCUGCUGUACUCCGCGCUCUUCUCACCUUUGUAAACAUCGAUGGCGAAGAUGCCAAAUGUUGGGUCGACGGACGAGCUCUACGUCUUGUAUAUCAAAAUUUGCUCGUUGAACGCAACGAGACAGUUCUUAAGCUUUCCCUUCAAGUCUGGUAUGCUCUGUUGGACAUCCUCUCAAAGAAUCCUGACAAGUUCGCCAUCGAGUUCGAGCCCCAUGUUGCACCUUUAGUAACACUCACAUUUCACCCCAUUGGAGUGUCUCGUCACCCCAUUCCAAUGGACGCAACACUGUUCAUUCGCCCUUCAGGUUUCAGCUACGCUCCUCUAAGCAGUGCAACUCGCAAGUCUUCUCCAGUAAAUGGAUCUUCUGAGCCUGCCAGAAAGAGAAGACGGUCCGACAAGAAGGAAAAGGACAUGCCACCUCCGACCUCCUCUUCUGCCCACAACGUCGACGGGCACAUGAUGCAAGGCGAUGUGGACCUUGUCGGAGCCGACAUCAUGAUCAGAUCCAGAACUCAUGCCGCUCAGGCCUUGGCGAAGGCUUGUCAAGUUUGGCCAGCGCCAACGAGACGCGACAUGUUCUCGACAAAAAUACUCCCUGGUUUGAAGUCCAGCUUCUCAACCACACAACUCUUCACCGCUGUAUUUAUUGAGGAGUACGCCAAGAUACUGACCAGCAAAGAUGAUCUCACCUCUUCCUUCGCAGAGUCGCUACGCCCCCUUGUGGAGGAGGACAGGCCGAUCUGGUACAGCGACCUCACCAGUUACCUUCAAAUCGUACGCGCACAGUGUCAGAGUCUUCUGAAUACUUUCCGCGAAAAGGCCCACGUGCCUCCGAGCAAGCUUCCUACUAUCGCUGUUGUGGUCCAAGGAGAGCCGGAGGCCGGUAAGAGUGCCUUUUCACUCGCUGAUGGAGAGCGCAUUGCAGUGCAAGACUUCGAAAAAUUACGCAAGACCCUGUCACCAGCUCAGCGUGUCACCGCCACUGAGAUGUUGUCGAGUGCAAAGGCGGAUGUUGAUUCUGUCAUAGUCGAGGCAAAUUCGGUCAAGAAGCAACGCGAUGUUCGUAUCAAGUCUGCUGCAGCCGCUGCCAUCGUUGCAUUGAAGGAGAUCCCCAAGAAGCCUCAAGCCACCAUCAAGGGCCUCAUGGACAGCGUCAAGGACGAAGAGAACUUCGAACUUCAGAAGCGUUCUGCAGCCGCGAUUGCUAGUCUCGUAGACCAACUGGUCGCCAGUGGUCGCAUGAAGGUUGUCGACAAGGUAGUUGGCAAUUUGGUCAAAUUCUGCUGCAUGGAGACUGGCGAGACACCCGAGUUCCAUCCCAAUGCGGACAGAGAAGCUGGCAUUCUUUCGCUGCAGAAAGACGAAGACAUUCAAGAUCGUCCAGAUGCUGCUAAAUAUGAGAGAGAAGUUCGCCAAGCUCGCAUCACAAGACGUGGUACCAAGGACGCCUUGGAGCAACUGUGUUUCCGAUUUGGCCGCGAACUCUUCGAAAAGGUUCCUAUGCUUCGUACUCUCAUCGAGGAUCCGAUUCGCCAUUGUUUCUCUGGAGACUUACCCGCUGAUAUCACAGACCCUGAGAAGAACGUUGGUCAAGAAGUCGUGGAUGCUAUGUCAACGCUUCGUGCAUUGGUUGCAUCAUUCCACGCAGAUCUACACAACUUUGUUCUUGAUCUUAUGGGUCUUGUCGCCAAAGCUCUUCAGACAAGACUCGCUGUUCUUCGCUAUACCGCUGCCAAGUGUUUCGCAAGUAUGUGCAGUGUGAUCACCGUCAAGGGAUUCACCAUGUUGGUCGAGCGAGUCCUGCCGCCAAUUAACAACCCAACCGACGUCCACUGCAGACAAGGCGCUAUCGAGUGCAUCUACCAUCUCAUCCAGGUCAUGGAGGAUCGCAUCCUGCCUUACGUGAUUUUCCUCCUGGUUCCAGUGCUCGGACGUAUGAGCGACUCUGAUAACGGCGUCCGUCUGAUCGCGACUACCGCAUUCGCCACGCUGGUUAAGCUGGUACCCCUUGAAGCCGGUAUUCCGGACCCGCCGGGUCUCUCUGAAGAACUUCUCAAGGGCCGUGAGAAGGAGCGCAAGUUCAUUGCACAAAUGCUCGAUCCCAAGAAGGUUGAGUCGUUCGAAAUUCCUGUCGCGAUCAAGGCCGACUUACGUUCAUACCAACAAGAUGGUGUCAACUGGCUGGCUUUCCUCAACAGAUAUCACCUACAUGGCGUUCUCUGUGACGACAUGGGUCUUGGUAAGACGCUACAGACUAUCUGCAUCGUUGCCAGUGAUCAUCACAUGCGUGCCGAAGAGUUCGCAAAGACACAAGCGCCUGAUCAACGCAAGAUGCCCUCUCUGAUCGUCUGUCCUCCAACCUUGUCCGGGCAUUGGCAGCAAGAGAUUCGUACGUAUGCACCCUUCCUCAACGCUGUUGCCUAUGUGGGUCCACCAUCCGAACGGAACAAGCACCGCGCAAAGCUCACUGAGGCCGACAUCGUUAUCACCUCAUAUGACAUCUGCAGAAAUGAUGUCGAAGUCUUCGCACCCCACAAUUGGAACUACCUCGUGCUUGAUGAAGGCCAUCUCAUCAAGAAUCCAAAAGCCAAGGUCACCCAAGCUGUCAAGCGCAUUGCUAGCAACCAUCGUCUUAUCCUUUCCGGUACCCCGAUCCAAAACAACGUACUUGAGCUUUGGUCCCUAUUUGACUUCUUGAUGCCCGGCUUCCUUGGUACAGAGAAGAUGUUCCAAGAUCGAUUUGCAAAGCCUAUCGCUGCUUCGCGGUUCAGCAAAUCCUCCUCGAAAGAACAAGAAGCUGGCGCAUUGGCCAUAGAGGCUCUACACAAACAAGUUCUGCCUUUCUUGUUGCGUCGCCUCAAGGAAGAGGUACUUGACGACCUGCCGCCCAAGAUUUUGCAGAACUACUACUGUGACUUGAGUGACCUGCAGAAGAAACUCUUCGAGGAGUUUACCCGCAAAGAGUCAAAGACUAUCGCCGAAAAGGCUGGCUCGGCUGACAAGGAAGCCAAGCAGCAUAUUUUCCAAGCUCUGCAGUAUAUGCGCAAACUUUGCAACUCGCCAGCCUUGGUGAUGAAGGAAAGUCACAAGCAAUACGCGGCAAUUCAAACACAAUUAGCGCGCCAAAACUCGAGUUUGACUGAUCCUGUUCAUGCUCCCAAGCUCACGGCUCUCAGAGAUCUUCUCGUCGAUUGUGGCAUUGGUGUCGACUCUGCAGCGCCUGGCGAAGUACCUUCUGCCGAUCAGGCUGUCUCGCAGCACAGAGCUCUGAUCUUCUGUCAGAUGAAGGAAAUGCUAGACAUGGUCGAGUCAACCGUCUUCAAGCGCAUGUUGCCGUCGAUCACAUUCUCUCGACUUGAUGGAAGUGUUGAAGCGUCCAAACGUCAAGACAUUGUCAAUCGUUUCAACUCUGAUCCUUCGAUUGAUUGUCUGCUUCUCACCACUAGCGUUGGCGGUCUCGGCCUCAACUUGACUGGAGCAGAUACCGUCAUCUUUGUUGAACAUGAUUGGAAUCCUCAGAAGGAUCUUCAAGCGAUGGACCGUGCGCAUCGUAUCGGCCAGAAGAAGGUCGUCAAUGUCUACCGCUUGGUCACCCGCGGCACCCUAGAAGAGAAGAUUCUCAGCCUUCAGAGGUUCAAGAUUGAUGUGGCUAGUACUGUGGUUAACCAACAGAAUGCUGGUCUGGGAAGUAUGCAGACAGACCAGAUCCUGGACUUGUUCAACAUGGGCGACACAGACGGCGCACCAUCUCUUGAGGACAAGCCUAGAGAUCCCAACUCAAUUGAUGAAGCAGACGCUGUAGAUGCCGAGGGUAAUGUGCGCGAGAAGGGCAAGAAGGGCAUUCUUGAUGAGCUCUCUGAGCUUUGGGACGAGAAGCAGUACGAAGAAGAGUUCAACUUGGACGGAUUCUUGUCAACCAUGAAGGCAUGA